AUGAGCACUUCAUCCGCAGGUCCUUUGAAGACGCCAAUCGCUGCAGGUCAUCCCUCCAUGAACCUCCUGCUGAGGAAAACCUUUGACCUCUACGCCAAUGUGCGCCCUUGUGUUUCUAUGGAGGGCUACAAGACGCCCUACGCGGACGUCAACUUAGUCACCAUCAGGGAGAACACAGUGGGAGAGUACAGUGGGAUUGAACAUGUGAUUGUUGAGGGUGUGGUGCAGAGCAUUAAGCUCAUUACGGAGCGAGCAAGCCAACGCAUUGCAGAGUGCUUUGAAUAUGCCAGAAACAACAAGAGGGCCAGUGUCACGGCUGUCCAUAAGGCCAACAUUAUGCGCAUGUCAGAUGUCUUCCUUCGAACGUGCAGAGAGGCUGCCGAAAAGCACAAAGAUAUUAAAUUCACCGAGAUGUACUUGGAUACCGUUUGCCUCAAUAUGGUGCAGGACCCUUCACUUGAUGUUCUGGUGAUGCCUAAUUUGUACGGAGACAUCCUGAGCGAUCUUUGUGCUGGGCUUAUUGGAGGACUUGGAGUGACCCCCAGUGGAAACAUCGGCACCAAUGGUGUUGCCAUUUUUGAGUCUGUUCACGGAACUGCCCCGGAUAUAGCAGGAAAGGACUUGGCCAACCCCACCGCCUUGCUGCUCAGUGCGGUCAUGAUGCUGCGCCACAUGGGCCUGCACGACCACGCCAGGAGGAUCGAAACUGCCUGCUUUAACACCAUUCGAGACAAAAAGGUUUUAACCGGAGACCUCGGAGGAUCUUCAAAAUGCUCAGAAUUCACAGAAGCAAUAUGUCAACAAGUAGGAGAUAUCGAGUAGAAGGGUCUGAUCGUUUAGUUUUUUUGAGCACAUGCGCAUGAACCAAAACAUAUAUUUAAAUGGUCUUAGGAUUUGUGUUUCUGAAUGUCUGCUUUUUUAUUUGCACUUUAUAUUUUCUAUAAACCCCCUGUUACUUUUUAUGUGUUACGCUUUUUAUUCUGCUUUUAAGGAGCACUGAAUGCGGACCAUUUUAUAGUGAUAUUGGUCUUACUGUCUAUUCCUGUAUUGACAACAAUAGUUGAUAUUUUAUUAUGUAUUGUAUAACUAUAGUUCCAUUAAAGCCGUGAAUCAAAUUAUGUCAAGAAAUGAGGGGCUUUUUUUGAGAUUUUCUGCUUCGAGUGUACAUUAUUACAACAUGAAUAGUACAUCACAUCAGAAAUGUCUUCAAAUUGUAUCGUGUUGUUUACCUGUUUCCAGUUACAGGUUUGUGGGGAUUUAUCACUCUUUAAAGUUGUAUAUUUUUUGUUCCUUUUUGACCUUUGGUCUUACACUAAUUCCAUGUACAGUCUGUGCACAAGAAUAAAGAGGUGGAAAUGUGUCCUA